CAUCACACAUCCGGGUCCUCAGUGUCAUAUGACCAGUGCUGUCAUUUAAGUAAUUCAGCUGCAGCUAAAAAAAGCACAUCGACCAACGUUAGCUUUCUGAGGUUUCCUGUUCUUUAUCCAACGAUGGCAACAUUGGUGGCAAACAGAGCGAUGGACAUCAACAGCUUGUCAGCAGCUGCAAGGACACACACCCAGGCUGUGACGAGAAAUUACAUCUCCCAACCUCGGCUAACCUACUCCACUGUGUCCGGUGUGAACGGACCGCUGGUGAUCCUGGAUAAUGUGAAGUUCCCCAGGUACGCUGAGAUUGUUCACCUGACCCUGCCGGACGGCACCAAGAGGAGCGGGCAGGUUCUGGAGGUGAUCGGGAGCAAGGCCGUGGUCCAGGUGUUUGAGGGAACAUCAGGUAUCGAUGCCAAGAAGACGGCCUGUGAGUUCACUGGUGACAUCCUGCGCACCCCCGUGUCAGAGGACAUGCUCGGGCGUGUGUUCAACGGCUCAGGCAAACCCAUCGACCGCGGGCCCACCGUCCUGGCUGAGGACUACCUGGACAUCAUGGGUCAGCCCAUCAACCCUCAGUGCCGUAUCUACCCCGAGGAGAUGAUCCAGACGGGCAUCUCAGCCAUCGAUGGCAUGAACAGCAUCGCCCGAGGACAGAAGAUCCCCAUCUUCUCUGCUGCUGGGCUGCCCCACAACGAGAUCGCUGCUCAGAUCUGUCGUCAGGCCGGCCUGGUGAAGAAGUCCAAGGAUGUGAUGGACUACAGUUCUGACAACUUUGCAAUUGUCUUUGCAGCCAUGGGGGUCAACAUGGAAACUGCCCGCUUCUUCAAGUCUGAUUUUGAGGAGAAUGGCUCCAUGGACAACGUCUGCCUUUUCCUCAACCUGGCCAACGACCCCACCCCGUACGACAACAGGACCGUGUAUGAAACCCUGGACAUCGGCUGGCAGCUGCUGCGAAUCUUCCCCAAGGAGAUGCUCAAGAGGAUUCCUCAGAGCACCCUGGCUGAGUUUUACCCCAGGGAGUCUGCGGCCCGUCACUGAGGCACAGCGGAGGGUUCCCUGCGCCCCCCCACCCAUCCUCUUCUCCCUCUGUUCAUUUCUUUCUUCUCACCCUACAGCCCAAACCUCACCUCCUCUUCUCCACUGUUCUUAUCACCUCCAGUUUAUCUUCUUCUUAAUCAUCUCACCCCCUCUUCCCUACCCUGAGGGUACCCGGGGAAAUAAUACCCCCUUUCUGUAGAUGUUCUGUAAUGUAAGUGUCCAGAAGUUGUGUAUGGAGUGUCUGUGGUUGUAAUGUCUACCCCAUUGAUUGCAAAAACAUGAACAUAUCCUUAAAAUCAUAAAUGAGUUCUUAUUUAUUGGGGUGUGGUACUGCUGCACCCUCUCUCCUUUUCUUCUUUAAAUAUAUGCUAUGUAAUAUCGAUCUGCCACUUAAAGCAAGAGGUUUCCUACUGAGGAAAGACGUCUGAGCAGUCUGUAUCAGUAGGUGAAGCUCAUACAGUUCUAAUUUCAUUGAUACUGCCACAGAUGAUGAUUCAAGCCUGCAAGCAUCACAACAUAUAACUAUAAAUGACAUCAUAUUAGUAUUUACCUGAGGGUGGAUAUAUAGUGGACUACUUAUUUUCACCACGCCCAGUCAGUGGCAUCAAAUUGGCAUAAACUCAGAUUUUGAAUAAGUUGAGCGUCCAUAGUGACCAGACAAACCUAGAGUUGAGAUGUUUACUGUGUGUUGCCCCAACCCUUUCUUCCCUCUUGCUCCCUCUACCUACUCUGGAAAGAAUACAGUGGGUGUUACUAAAGAAAUUCUGUGUUUUGUUGUUUUGAUUUGUGUUACAAAUAUGAGUGUAUGAAAAGUAUAUUAAACAUUCCCAUCUGUCUGAAAAAACGAAUGCUUUGUUGUGCAAAAAUAAUGGUUUUGUGAGGUAACGUGUCCAAGAAUAAAUUAAAUGAUAUGAGUAUGCGG